GAACAUCAAAGCAACUGCAGACAAACAAACGAGUGGACACCGACUGCACCCCUCACUGUCCCGAUCGAUUGAUUGGUGAACAAUGGAGCAGCCGGAAAACCUUUACAUCUACAACAAAUUCGCCCACUAUCAACUCUUGCACUGUGCCCGACUCAAGAUACCAUUACGCUACUCAUUCUUACUUCCAUCAACGAUCGAGAAGCACGAUAUGGCGGAUCUUGUGGCAAUUCUCGGCUCAGACAGAUUCCCACCCAUCUUCAAUGCUCUCACGGCGCAACUUCCUAUCCGAGAUAUCGUCGCACUCACUCGCACCUGCCGUGCACUCAACCCUCUUUACCGAAGAAUGAUGAACAAAAAUGCUUGGGACAUCAACACCCGACUACAGAAGUUCGUGAAAGAUCCAGUCGCAUUCAGGCAAAGACUGGCCGAGCUCGAUGGCAUCAUCUCUGGAGGGUUUGCUCUUCAAUUCAUGGAUCGGGUGAAUUGGAAAGGUUCCGAUCUUGAUGUGUGCGUGCAGGUUGGCGACAAGGCGAACGAGUUCUGCCGCUACAUGGAGGAGGUCGAAGGAUAUGAUCUCGCUUCUCGCAAGGCUGGAUCGUACCAAUGGACGCAUGUCGCCAUGGUGCAUCAGUACGACAAGGAAGUCAAUGGCGAGUUCGUCAGACUCGAGAUCAUAUUGACAGUCAACCAUCCCAUCCAUUCUACCCUCUCAACCUACACAACAGCGCUUACCAAUGUCAUCACCGGCAGCCACGCUUUCAGCAUCUUUCCCAACGCCACCUUCAUCAAACGCAGGACAUACCCCACCCGCAUUCCAGACUACUUCAACACCAUCGUCCUCGGAUCGAAGUACCUAGACAGAGGGUGGUAUAUUGACCAUCGGAUGCCAAAAGAGAAGAUGACGACAGAAGAGCUGGACCUAGGAGAACGUCGCAUCGGCGACAAGCAUACUUGGAAGAUAGCACUGUCGCCGAUCUCAGAUGAGGCCGCAGACCGAGCAGAGGGAGCCGUUGAUGGGCUUAGAUUCGAAGUCAAGAAGUGCCUGGACCUUGGAGACGAUGUGGAGUGGUUGGGCGUGGUAGCUACACAGUGAGAGAAGCAUACUACUGAGACGAACAACCCGAUGGUACUCUAAUAAGGAAAGGCUGCAUAUGCAGGGCCAAGGGUAGGCAUAUUGCAGGCAAGCCUCACGGCUCAAAGUAAAUGAUCGGAUCGAUAGGGUCAAGUUAGUUGCUCGAUAGGGGAACAAAGCAAAAGGACGAUUAAAAGAGGACAGAUGGCGCACAGCAGACGAAGAGGCACAAGAACACGUGGAAGUACACGACCUCCUGUUAAGUACUCGAGCAAGUAAAUGUUGAGUGUUGGUG